AUGAAUGGAAAUACUGACAUUGUGACCGAACCAGACAAGGAAGGACUCACACAUAGAUUCGUCCUCAACGGCCUCAUCAAUGCCAACCGCAUCCUAGGCAAGGACGUAUUCCAGCUGGACGAUUGGCGCGUCAUCGGCGAAUAUGUGCACGACAUUGACGGCGGCCGGCACCAGGCCUUUUACGCCCCGGUUCGGGACGUUGAGGUUCUCGGCGAGCGCAUCCAACCGCACGAACGCGUUCAGGUUGAACAGAGCGUCAAGUACUCGCCGGCCGAGGCCAACUACCUCUGGCGCUCCGCCGGCCUGACCGAGACCUACAAAUGGCAGAAUGACAGCAAGGAGCACGGUGCGUACAGGCUAAGAAACGAUAAAGCUAUUUUUCUUUCUGUUUCUGCCAUUGCUUGGUUUUUGUGUUCCUUGACGUCUGUCUCUGUGUUUUCUGUUUUGUCUCGAUCACUUCAUCAUAUGUGUCCUCUCUCCCAACUGCUUUACGAGAUACACAAAAUCCGUGCCACAAUCUCACUCGGCUGCACAAGAUUCCACUUACACCGUUUCCUCUCUUCCGUGGGCUCUGCCUCUCCUAUGCACAAACCUCCCACACCGUUUCUGCAGUACCCCACGCUAUCGCUUUCGCCAUCCCUCGUUCAGCAGCCGCCCCCUCGUCUCCGACUGGCCGUGUGA